CGCCACAUUACCAAACCCGACCCGCCACGUCAUCUUGCUCAACCCAUCCCUUGAACCCAAACCAUGAGCAGACCCUAACUUAUUGAGCCACCUCACCUCUCCAAAUCUACUAUAUCUCUCAUCUCGCCGGAGAUUGGGAGGGUUCCAGAACUUGUUGGUGAGAACAACCACUUUCACAGGGUCAGAUCUACACCUCAUAAGCAACAUAGCGUUCUUAGGUGGAAUGCCCAUCCUCGGUUCUUCUAUGCCUCCUUCUCCUUCAAACGCUUCCAGCUUCAUAUCGAAAUCGAUCUUCCUAAAUCCAUGCUACAAGCCAUCACGCAAACACCGUCCCACAGGAGCCCCUGACCGUAGAUUCAAUUUUCCACGACAUUGCCACUGCCGUUCUCUCUUCCUUCUCAUUGUUCUCCUCGUCGGCAAGGCACGACGAGACAUGGCACAAAAAAAAUUGAACUCGGAUCCAAACGUUCUCAGAUCCUAUCAAAUCACUAGAAGAAGAUGCACCCACCUCUGGUUCCGACGCUACGACCACUCGCGCUGCUGGAACACGAACUCAGCAGCAUUCUCAUCGCCGAUCCCGCGCUCUAGCCUCCUGAAACUCCCCUCACCGCCAAGUGUUGUCGGAUGCCUCCUAGUGGACAGAGAUCUGGCCCGCAACUUCUUGGUCUGCUUCUUGUUCAGGGACUAGAAGGCGGAGGAUGCGUGGUCUGGAGAAACGGAGAUUUGGGUUCGACGAGGAAUCCAUUUCCUCCCUUUGAUUUAGGGUUCCUCCUUGUCAGCUGAAAUAGGGAAAAUGGGUAUAUUUUACAAUUUUGUAAUUUAAUUUAAGUGGGUUGAUCCAUGG